AUGACUCGCCACGUCGCACUUGCAGCGUCCCUGCUGCUGCUGGCAUGCUGCUCUGGGACGUACGCCCGCACGCUCAAAAGCGAUGUACCACCUGGACCCAACUCAACCUUCACCUUCACACUCAAGCCCAAGCUGAGUCUGGAGCCGGAGCUGGACCUGACUGGACUGCUGCUUGCCCCCACGGCCAGUUUGUCAGUCACACCCCUGACUACGACCCUGGAGGGGACGCUCAACGGCAAUGGAGUGUACAACCCUUCUUUGGAGGUCUCAGGCACCGGCAACGUCGCGCUGCCUACCUCCAACUUGGCGGUGGAGGGCGGCGAGACAACCACCACCAUCACGCCCCCCUCGACAGAGACAACCGUGCAGGCUGCAAGCCGUCAGGCCAGCCUCAUCAACGGCGCGCUGCUCAACGAGCUGCUGAAGCGUGCGAUUGCCGCCCGCAAGUCAAUUGGCAGCGGCGCCCUGCUCAAUCGCCUUGGGUGA